AGAAGCAAUUUUAUUACAUUUUUAGCACUUAUUCAAAUACCACUAAUCACCUUUGGAAAGUUCCUAAUUCUAGCUUGAUGUUUACAUAAUGGCCAAUGUCAUGCUAUGGGCAAAGCAGUUAGUAAUGAAUCAGAGCAUAUAUCUUUUCUCGUACAAACUGAACAUUACAAAAAUCUCGAUUACAAUUUUAUUGAAACAUACUAAAUUCUGAAAUAAGAAAUCUUCUAUUAUGUUCACCGAUUAUUCCAUGUCUGCUCCAAAAAUUCACAAUUACUCAUUUUGAUCACAAGGAAAGGAAUAGGGCUAACCUCGGGCUAGAAACCACAGAAAAGCAGGCAACUUGAACCUUUUUAAGUCCUUUUACCAAAAUAAAGCACGCCUCUCACGAAGCACCGAAAGUCAAGCAAACUGCACCGGAGGCCCAUAGUUUUUUAUUUUAUUUUUUUAAGGGCCGAGAGGGGAAUAUCCACGUUUUGCCGUGGGAGAGAGUUCAGCGGGAGAAAAAACGAGAUGGACAUCUCAACCGUCGAUCUCAUCCGACGGCCAUGAGUUUUCCUGGGCUCCCCGGAAUUUUGUCCUACAUAUACCGGUUGUCUUCCGCCUUUGGUCACUACUCGAACUGCCUUCUGUCGAUACUCUCUAUUCCAUCUCCCUCGUAAUUUUCUAGAUCUAAAAAAAGCUUCCUCGUCCAUGGCGAUCACCAUCGUUUCUGUCAAGGCUCGCCAGAUCUUCGACAGUCGCGGUAACCCCACCGUUGAGACUGAUAUCAAGCUGUCCGAUGGCUACUUGGCAAGAGCCGCCGUUCCGAGCGGUGCUUCUACCGGUAUUUACGAGGCUCUUGAGCUGAGGGAUGGAGGAUCUGACUACCUUGGGAAAGGUGUCUCUAAGGCUGUUAACAAUGUGAACUCCAUUAUCGGCCCUGCAUUGAUCGGCAAGGACCCUGCUGAGCAGACUGCUAUCGAUACCUUGAUGGUUCAGCAACUCGAUGGAACUGUUAACGAGUGGGGUUGGUGCAAGCAGAAGCUUGGAGCAAAUGCCAUUCUGGCUGUGUCUCUUGCAGUCUGCAAAGCUGGAGCUCAUGCCAAGGGCAUCCCACUCUACAAGCACAUUGCAAACCUUGCUGGCAACUCCAAGCUGGUGCUUCCAGUUCCUGCUUUCAAUGUCAUCAAUGGUGGAUCACAUGCUGGAAACAAGCUCGCUAUGCAGGAGUUCAUGAUUCUUCCCACCGGAGCUUCCUCAUUCAAGGAAGCCAUGAAGAUGGGUGCUGAGGUCUACCAUCAUUUGAAGUCUGUGAUCAAGAAGAAGUACGGCCAGGAUGCAACUAAUGUUGGUGACGAGGGAGGCUUUGCCCCUAACAUUCAGGAAAACAAGGAAGGUCUUGAGUUGCUUAAGACUGCUAUUGCCAAAGCUGGUUAUUCAGACAAGGUGGUUAUUGGAAUGGAUGUUGCUGCAUCUGAGUUUUACACCUCAGACAAGAAGUACGACCUGAACUUUAAGGAAGAGAACAACAAUGGCGCUGACAAGAUCUCUGGGGAAGCCCUCAAGGACCUGUACAAGUCGUUUGCUACAGAGUACCCAAUUGUGUCCAUUGAAGACCCCUUUGACCAAGAUGACUGGGAACACUACAACAAGAUGACCAGUGAAAUCGGAGAGAAGGUUCAAAUUGUCGGAGAUGAUCUCCUGGUCACCAACCCCAAGAGGGUCGAGAAAGCCAUCAAGGACAAGGCUUGCAAUGCUCUCCUCCUCAAGGUUAACCAAAUUGGAUCCGUGACCGAGAGUAUUGAGGCUGUGAAGAUGUCGAAGCGCGCUGGAUGGGGCGUGAUGGCCAGCCAUCGCAGUGGUGAAACCGAGGACACCUUCAUUGCUGAUCUCUCAGUCGGACUAUCCACGGGACAAAUCAAGACCGGAGCACCUUGCCGAUCUGAGCGUCUGGCGAAGUACAACCAGCUGUUGAGAAUUGAGGAAGAGCUGGGAUCGGAAGCUGUUUAUGCCGGAGCCAACUUCAGGAAGCCUGUCGAGCCAUACUAAGAUAACUGAGGAGCGAGAGCGAUGAAUGUGACGCAGAGGGUGUGUGGAUUUUGGCGGCCAGAUAUCAGAAUAAUCUUUUUUUUAUGUAGGUUUGGAUUGUGGGUUAACCCAAAGAUAUCGGUUUGAAUAAUUUUCUGCGAUGGGCCAAAGUUGUCCUUUUUGGCCGUGGUUCGGAACGUUGUAUUAACUGAGCUGUUUUGUUUUUUGUGAGCUUCUAUGAGUUUUGGAAAUGUUUAGACUUUAGAAGCAUGGUCCAAUAUAAUCCCCCACCGUUCUCAUGUUUCUAUGGUUAACUUGCUUUUAACUUUGGCUACUUGAAAUUAUGUGCCUCGACUUCAUAUCGGUUAGUGGUUAAUCGACACUGAAUUGAUAACCCUCUAAACAUGAUAGAUAAGUACGGUCUACUCACUAAAGAAAGUUUCACCACACUACUAUCAGUCAUGCAAUCCCAGAGACAAGUAUCCACUACUUCUCACAAUGGCUAACCACAGAGUUAUAAUACCUAUUUGAUUUUGAUAAUAAUUCGAGCACCCAACUCUUCUUCUUUGUCCCCACCUUCCUUCUUUAUUUUAUCCUUGUUCCUCCAAGAUGUAUUUCAAUUUUCAAGAGGAUAAACAAAAUAUUUAGUUGCUGCAAACUUACCUUUUUAAUGUAUAUAUAUUAACACAUACACUAAAAAGCGACAAAUUUUAAGAUGUUCAAGACAUGCAACAACCAAUAAGUAGAGUGCACAAUGGUGUAUCUUUACCUAACGAGAAGUAGUGUUUCGUUUACCUGUGAAAGCAUGCAUAAAAUAUUUAGAAAUUAGUUUUGAACUGUCUUGCCUUGAGAUUUCAAUCGUACAUUCCAUAUGCAACAGAAAAAAGAUAAAGAACAUUUGUUAAAAUAAUUGCAGGCUGUGGGGUUCGAACCCACGCGCACUUAUGUGCAGAAGAUCUUAAGUCUUCCCCCUUAAACCACUCGGGCAAACCUGCUAAUUGUUCAUAAACUGCACAAACUAGUUAACAAUACUAACAAAUUGCUCUUAUAAAUAUAAUAGAAUAGGUGAUGUAAUGGAAGCAUUUGAUUGUUGUGGUUCCUGAUGGUUUUCAGCUAGCUAUUGAUCUCUCAGAAAGCUUUUUGAGCUUAUAGGGGCUGUAAUGAUGAUAAAUUUUGCAGUUUGAACUGAUUGUUCUGAUUAGUGGCGCUUCUCUGUUAGUUAUUGAUGGCUUGCGGUUUUUUUUAUGAUGCAAUAUGGCUAUUAGAUCUGAAAAUUGUGUGUUUGAUUGGAUUCUUGCGUGUUUAUGAUCUGUUUUUGCCAGGGCGGCCAAUCAUUGUUGACGUCUCUCCGGUGACGGAUUUUCGGGAAGCGACAUGUAGGCAAGGCAGUAUGAGAAAAAUGUAUGCAGCAGAGGUGGAUACUGUAACUUGAUGCAUUUGAAGAAGAGCAGCAGGUGAUGGAAAUAAUUAUGGUAGCCGAACAGAGGCCUCUGCUACUGAGUAUUGCACCGAGAGACUCACAAGUCACAACUAACUCAUCGCAAACUUCCAAUUCCAUCCCUCGUUUCAUUCUUAUUACCUAUCUUAAACUGAACCACACAAAGCCCAACAAAGACAAUGAGGGAAAAUAACUGCGGGGCCUAAAAAGACUAAACUGAAAAAAACAGGGGAUGAAAACGGUAAGAGUUUCGCCUCGCCCCUUCAGCACUUCACAUUUCAUAGAGCCUUGAGAAAAAAAAUAACUCUUACCUUAAGGUAUUUGGAAAUAACUCGUUUUAUUUUUUUGUUAUCGUCAAAAGCAAAUAUGAACAGUUCAAUUAAACGAGAUACUUUAUAUAACUUACUACUAAGAUACCACAUGGAUAAUUAACGAGUUAUUUGACUAUACAAGUGUCACAUUAACGAUUAAUCCACCCAAACCAACCUAUAUUAUCGAUAAAAAUUUUGUUUAACAUUCUCACCACAAUUUUCAUACACGUCAUUGAUUAUCAUCCAAUGUAAAUUGUGUUGUGUACAUUUAACAAUUCUUGAGAAUUGGGAUGUCCAUACUAUUAGUGUAUGUGGUAUUGGAAUUAUUAUUAAUUAAAUAUUUCAAAAUAAGUCGAAUUACUGAAAUCAACGGGUUCUUUACACACAAACAGUUAAAGAUCGAAACCAAAUUGCUUUUUUUCUUUCGUUUUCUUCACAUAGGUUAAUAUACCUCAUACUUCAAGUAUGGAUGUGUCAUAAGCUUAAGGUGAUUGUUGAAGUGUUCAACUCUAUCGUAUCAUCGAUCAUUUAGCACAGUUGUAUUUCUCUAUACCAUAUGUGAUUUCUACCUAGCAAUUUCGAGGAGAUAAAUGCCCAAUAAGAAUUUUGUGGUAGUUGUCUAGUUUAUUGGCAAAUCAUUCCAUUGCAACUAAGGGGUCGUUUGGUUUUGGUGAUAGUUAACUAAAUGCAUUGUUAUCAAUGCAUGCAUAAUAGUAUACAUGCAUACAAGAAAAUUGAUGUAUUGUAGUUUAUAUCGUUUGGUUUUUAUUAUAGUUAUUCUAGUAUUUAAAUAAGAUAUAUUGCUUUCUGGGUGAAAUGUCACUUUUAUCCUUUAUUUUUAAUAUACAAAAAGCAAAACACAUCAAAAGGUAUGGACAUAGUUGGAAGAAGAAAACACUCCAAUAAUCUCAAACAAACAAUCUCACAAAAAACUUGAGAUAUUACUAUAGUUUUCAUCACAUCAAGCAAACAAUGCAUGUAUAGUUUGUGCAGAAAAAAAAUAAUGCAUUGUAACUAUCCCAACCAAACAAUCACCAAAACCAAACGACCCCUACAAUAGAAAUUAUAUCAAGAUUAGAUUGAUAAUGGAAGAAUAAACCAUUGACUCUAUACGUGUUAAUGUACCAGCUUUUUCAGUGACGACUCAUAAUUCAAAUUUGAAUAAAAAAGUCCCAAUUUUAACUUCCUAAAACGACCUCAUUCUAUCGCAUAGGUGGAUCUGAAAUAUUUGAUCGAGAACCUCAUGCCAUAUAAUUAGAGUUGAUUGAUCCAACUGAUUAAACAAUAUAUGUACAUAAUUCUUUUUAGAAAUGGAAGCUGGUCCAAUUGGAGAAGUAUAGUGGAUGCUUGUUGUCUUACCCUAACUAGUUUAAUGUAAUAGACAUAUAUGAUUGAUGUGCUAAAUAUAUAUCGAAUCUAUAUACGAUUUGAGUCUGAGUAUCCAAGAAUAUCUACAUAUUAUAGUAUUUCAUUUAUUUUUUCUACUAAUAUUUCAUCAAUUACGAGUAUGCAUUAUCAAUUGAGAAAAGAUACUGAAUCACUAGUACUAAGAGAAACCAUUAAAAAAUUACUAAUUCGUGUGGAUGUUUUAUGAAUAUCCAAUAUGUUGAUAGAAAAGCAAAGAAGAAAUAUAGAAAAUGGUACAUAAUAUGUUGGUAGAUCUAGUAUCGAGAGCAUUGCUUGAUUGGCUCGUGCAUUGUCAAAACCGAUUACUAUUAUAAAUAUAUAGUUUUUAAAAACAGAGAUAAAUUUUAAUUUUUCUGAGGAAAAAAAGCUCUUAAUUUAGUGCAAAACGAGUGGACAAAGAAAAGGCCAAUCAUUAUCAAUCGGCUGCAAUUGGUUGUAGAUCUGUGAUAACAAAGCGCUUGAAUGGAAUAAUCAAUCGGUUCAUUUUAC